AUGGGAAGCUCACAUCAUCUCCCCUUCAACCUCACAGACGAGUCCCUCUUUCGUCCCAAGUCUCUCAUCAAUGGAGAAUUCGUCUCCUCAAAAGAAGGCAAGACUUUCAAUGUCAUCGACCCAGGAACCGGCAUGACAUGGACAUCAUGCCCAGACUGCACAGCAUCCGACGUCGAUGCAGCAGUGAAGUCGUCUUAUGAAGCCUUCAAGAGCUACUCCAAGACAACACCGCGCUUCCGUGCUCAGACCAUCAUGAAAUGGUAUAAUCUGAUGGUUGCCGCACGAGAGGACCUAGCGCAUAUUCUUGUUCAUGAGACUGGCAAGCCCUUGGAAGAGGCCCGCGGCGAAAUUGACUAUGCUCUUACGUUCGUCUGGUGGUUCUCCGGUGAAGCAGACAGGGCGCAUGGGUCCUCUCUUACCUGUGCUAUUCCUGGUAGACGCGCUAUGACUAUCAAACAACCUAUCGGCGUUGCAGCUGCUCUUGUGCCUUGGAACUUCCCCAUCGCUCUAGCAUUACGCAAAGCAGCAGCCGCACUUGCUGCAGGUUGCACAAUGGUCAUCAAGCCCUCGCCCGAGACACCCCUCACAGCAGUCUCAGUCGCUUAUCUAGCGUUAAAAGCAGGCUUUCCGCCCGGUGCCCUCAACGUGGUUACAACAUCCCUCGAGAAUACACCAGCAGUCGCUGAAGCUCUUUGUCUGAAUCCGCUUGUGAAGAAGGUGAGCUUCACUGGUAGCACGAGGGUUGGCAAGAUUAUCGCCAGUCUAUGUGCCCAGAAUCUCAAGAAGACGACGUUCGAGCUCGGAGGGAACUGCCCCUUCAUCGUGUUCGAUGACGCCAACGUUGAUCAGGCUAUGAACCAACUUAUGGCUCUGAAGUGGAGGCACGCGGGUCAAGCUUGUGUCACGUCUAACCGAGUCUUUGUUCAGAGUAAUAUCUACGAUUCUUUUGUUGAGAGACUCGUAUCUGAAACUCGAAAGCUGAAGCUAGGUCAUGGCAUGAUGAAAGGUGCCACGCUAGGCGCAUUGACGACUACAAGAGGCCUCGACAAGGCGGAGGAGUUGUAUCAAGAUGCUGUCAGCAAAGGAGCAAAAGCUGUCCUUGGAACAGGGAAACGCUACGAUGGAGAGGGCUAUUUCAUGGAACCGACUAUCCUGACCGAAAUGAAGGACGAAAUGCUCAUGACGCACGAGGAGAUCUUUGCUCCUCUCCUGGGCGUCUAUCGCUUUGAGUCAGAAGAAGAGGUUGUCCAAAGAGCCAACGACACACCCUAUGGCUUAGCGAGCUAUGUAUUCACCAAGAAUGUGGAUAGGCUGUGGAGAAUGUUUGAGAACCUUGACGCCGGAAUGAUUGGAUUGAACACAGGUAACAGCUCUUCAGCUGAGGCGCCUUUUGGAGGAAUUAAGGAUAGUGGGCAUGGAAAGGAGAGUGGUAAGGAUGUUGCUAUUGACGAGUUCUUGAUCACCAAGACGGGCACAAUGACUGUUGAAGGGCAAUAUUGA